AUGGCAACGACGGAGCCUGAUCCUUUCCCUACGCAAUGGACAUACAGCCUGGUAAAAAACUUCUCGCGUGAAGGGGUCGAAGCGGCUUGGGCUAGAGGUUCUCCACAGCCUUGGUCUGCGGCGGACAGUGUGAUUUCUUCUUCCGAAGGUGCCCGGUUCAAUCGCAUUGCUGUGAGCCCAGACGGAAAAUAUCUAGCUGCAGGAAACGCCGAUGCCGUGAAGAUUUUCGAGAUCCACGACAACGGCGCGCGGGAGCGGUUCUCAUUCCCUCCCCAGCUCGGCGCCGGGACGCUGAACCAUCUAGAGUGGGCCAACGACGAUGAUGAUUCCGAUGAAGGGCAGAAUAACACUCUUGUCAUCUCGAUCGCAACAGUACAACCUGGCAUGAAGCGGGAGGCGCGCGUGGGCGUUUAUGCGUUCAGCGACAAUUUGACCUCGAUCAGGCUCGUUCAGAAAUGGAAUUGCUUCUCCUGGCCCCUACGGAGCUUGAAGAUGCUCGAUACUUCUGGUCGAAGGUUAUUGGUCUUGCCGUUACCAGAGGCUGAGGCAUCGACUACAGGUGGUGGCGGUAAUCUCGAGAUUUGGUCAUGGCGACAGCAAACUCGCUUGCAUUCCCUGGAUGUCCGCAGCGAUGAUAUUUCUUGGUUGUCAUUCAGCCCGAACGGUCAACUCGUGGCCGUGGCGGGCAAGGACCGAAUCUUGAGAAUCUUCGACGUUGUCUCGGGGAACAUGCGCUCUUUUACCGGGGUCCUCAAGGGAUCACAGAUCAACGGAGGAGCAUUCAGUCCGGAUGGGAAUCUGAUCGCAUGUUCUUGCUCGGCUUUCGGAGCCGACGCCGCGGCGGUGCAAAUUUUCGACCUCGACGGGCAGAACUUGCAUAACUUGCCGUUCCAACCUAUGACGCGAAGUCUGGCCUGGUCACCGGAUGGUAAGAUGCUGGCAUAUGGUGCGCAAGGAGGAUAUUUGGACGUCUCUGUGGUGGCUCAGGAUCCAUCUACGACGGUCACCACCGUUCAGUCAUGGCAUUUGGACUACCCGGGAAUCAGACCUUCGCCUCUCAACGAACCAGCGGCAAUUCAAUUCGUCGAUGCAGGUACCAAACUGCUUUUCGCGACGGGCAUGGAGGGCGGUGUCGAAAUGUACGACUUCGACUCCAAUCUCAAAUAUCGUUUUGAACCUGACGAUGGUCAAAGCGAGUUCCAAUUGGGAACGAUGCGGAGCUUGAUUGCCUGGUCACAGCAUUGGAAGACGGUAGUCUGUCUCGAUGGGGACGGUUGUAUUCGAUUCUGGAAGAUCUGA